AUGUGGAAUGACUGUCAAUUAACAAGACGCAAUACAUCAACGCAAACCAUUGAGAUGUCUGUCGAAGGGAAAGUCGUCAAAUUAUGUGUUAGAAGAGCUUUAUGUGAAGGAGUUAAGAGGUGUUCUGUUGCUAACUGUUCUUAUAUCGUUUCGAACCGACAGCGCUUAAACAAAUGCGCGGAGCAUGGAGGAAGUCACAGACUGACUGCAAGUGGCCCAUGUCCUGCACAGAUGGUGUAUAUAUGGCCUGAGAAAGAUGACGGACAGAGAUGGAUAGGAUGCAUUCCGUGUGAAAUGCACAAUCACGACCAGCCAGCCCCGCAUCUCAUUUCGCAGGCCGUGAAAAGCGAAAUUCAUAAAGCUGUGAAGAAAGAUUGCACCCUUACUACGAAAGAACUACAAAAGGGUCAGGGUGUAGGAUUUAUACCUGCAGAAAAGUCGCCGGCUGCGGCAAAUGCGAACAGAAUAAGACGCGAGCGGCAGAUGGCUUUAGUUAGUCAUGGUAAAGGUCAUCCCGAACUGGAACCAAUCAUUCAAAUUCUUGAAUUCGAAAAGUUUAGGAAAGAUCAAGAAAUGAAUCAAGAUCCUGAAGACCACGAAUUAACCACAAAGGUGAACGAAAAAAUGGGAAAGUACGUUAUGGAAGGAAAAGAAUAUUUACUAUCUCCAGGAAGAAAUUUCGCCUUCUUUGUUGCUCCGUAUCAAGCUUCUCUGUCAGUAAAAGAUGCCCAGGACUUGUUUGUUGACAUAACGUACACCGGGAACACAUCUUUUCCUUACCUUCUAAACAUGGUAGCGUUUAAUGAUCUAACGCUCACAUUUAAUGCAGUUGCUAGAGUCCUGUGCAGCAGGCAAGAUGGAGAGGCUUAUGCAACAGCAAUAGCAGAAGUUUUCAACCACGUGAGCAAGCUUCACCCUGCCUUCGGACAAGGAAAAAAUCUGCGACAAAUUAUGGUAGAUUUUGACGAAGCCGAGUAUAAUGGCUUUCAAGAAGUGAUUGGGAAGUCCUUAGCAGAAACAAUAAUCAGAGGUUGCAGCGUACAUUGGAAGACAUCUGUUAAUCGUGUCAGUAAAAUAAUCACGCGAACCCAAGAUGAAUUAGACGUAUUUAAAACAUUAGCUUAUAAGAUUCCUACGUUGGAAAACCAAACUGAUGUUAUUUCGAUUUUUAACGUUAUUUGCGGUCAAGAACCACCUUCGCGGGUUAUACACCUUUUACCUAGACAUCUUAGCGAAAUUGCUCAAACAUUAGAUACAGGUCAUUGGAAAAAGGCAGAACAUUGGGCGAUAUGGUGGCAGCGAGAAAGAAUACUAAGGAUGCUUUGCAAGGCAUUUACUUUAAGGGACACCGAAGAUUGGGAUUCAUCCCCUAACACGAACAAUCCUGCCGAAUCGUUGAAUAGGCAAUCAAUUCCUGAGGGUAGCAAUAAUAUAGCAGUCCUCCUGAAAAACAUCUACCUGGAAGACAGGUUGCACGCUGUAAAAAUAGUGGCCAAAGAAAAGAAUAUCAACAUUGACUACGGAUCAAGAAGUCAGCAAGCCAAUCCCAACAAGCGGAAACGAAAACGUUCAAGUCUUGUCAAAGUCGAUGAAAGAAGAGCCAUACUAGACUUAACCCCCCCUGACAAGCGCCGCUGUGUUCUCAAUAGUAAACGGAGCAACAGACGAAAAACAGGUCAAGCUUUGAUAGGUAGUCAAAUAGAAGUGGAGUACCAAGAAGAAAAUAAUGGGAAGAUGAUCAAUAUUGGCUGGUUUAGAGGAACCAUCAUUGCGUAUAACAAGACUACUGGAUAUCUUGUGAAGUUUGAACCCCUUGAGAAUGGAAUUGAAGAAGAGGACUGGAUCCCAACCAUAAAUAGCCCGGAUGUGAGAUUUCCGCAGUAA